AUGCCCGGUCCAAUCAGCCAACUUUUUUAUGAUGGGUUGCCCGUACGCAACCUUGUGCAGUAUCCUGCCCUGGCGGCUUCAGGUUCCAAACAACAACCACAAAAACCACCUUUCGCUCUUCCUCAGGCGACUGAAGCUAACACCUUACAGCCGUUAAUCACGCCUCCAACUCCUGUUCCCACCGAGGUGUCUACCCCCACCGAACUUGGGGAGUUUGCUUCAAACAUUGUAUACCAGAUGUGGCAUGUCAAGGUGACUGAUUCUACCUUGGUUGGCCAAGUUCCUCCCUCGUCCCCAUUGCCAAGUCAACCCGCUAAUUUCUUUCAAACUUCAAGUUCCCAAUUUAAGAACUUUUGCGUUCAGACACAAUUGUCCAACACUGUAGUUAUUUUGUCCUUAAAAUACGUGCAAAGGUUUGCCAAAAGCGGUAGAUCCGUUAAUUUUGGGGAGGAAGGACCGGAGUAUAGAUUGUUUACUAUUGCAUUGAUGCUGGCGAAUAAGUUCCUUGAUGACAAUACAUUUACAAAUAAAACGUGGUCAGAAGUUACUAAUAUCCCUGUCAAGGAGAUCAACAGAAUUGAGCUUGCAUUUUUGGAAUGCAUGGAUUUUAAAAUGUAUGUCAGUGGUUCUGAGUAUUCCCAUUGGCUCGAAUGCUUGAAAGAAUAUACAAAAACGCAACAACAAUUGUAUGUUCAUCAAAGGCAGCGUUCUUCUUCUGAUAAUUUGAAGAAUGGAUCAUUAAUUACAGCUCAAAAUCAACAUCAGAUGGAUAACAGACCUUCUGAAAGGCUCGUACAAUUCAAUCAAGAAGCACCUUCAUAUUUCGAUUCUGCGAAUACUACGGCUCCUGUUCUUGGUCAAUGCAUUACAUCUGCAUCUCAAUUACCAACCGGGAUGCAACAACUUUCUAUGCCCACAGCAAUUGGACCGACAACUUCAGGAAUAAUACAACCCCCUGCAAUUGCUCGUGUACACCAUUCGUUUGGCCAGCACUCACCUUCUCCUGCUCAAUUGGCUUUACGCAAUCCUUAUUAUGGUUCUUUGCGAGAUAACGGUGGUUCAUUUCACGUUAAAAGACAUAGUAUGCCCACAAUGAAUCUUAAAAAUAUUAUUGAUCAAGCACCACAGCAAAAAGUUAAUCAGUUAAAGCCGUCAAAUGUCAAUUCUCUUGCAUACCAUCUUAAUGCAAGAUUGGAUGUCCAACAGUUUAAACAGUCCAAUUCUAAUUCAUAUCACAAUGCUUCCUCAAAAGUUUCUGGAAGUCAAAUAGACACUAAUACAUAUGGGUCAUAUGGAAACGUUGAAAAUCGGCGUGGCGAACAUCAUUCUCGUCUCAACCAUCAGUAG